AUUUUCUGUAACCCGGACCCGAAGCCGCAAGAAUCCCUCUGACCCGAGGAAGGAAAAAAAGUUUUCAUUAACCCCAAAUUUCGUGUAAAGUGAAGAGUAGAUCAAAGUCUCCUUGUGACAGAAGGAGGAGAGAACACAUCGACUUCAGUUUCCGACUUGUCAUGAGGACUGUCAUUUCUAAUCAGUCAUGUAAUCAACCUUAGAGGAACAUUAGAGCUGCAAUUUCGACUUAAUAACCUCAAUACCCCGAUAAACGCCCCGAAAUUAGCAAAAAAAUAACUGGCUGAAUCGUCCAUUUUGCCUUAAAGUAGACUAAAUAGAAUAUAUACUUAAAAUGCCGGAAGUUCCUCACGUCACUUUCUUCUACGGCCAAAAAAUCCCUAUAAUUGGCCUUGGAACUUUUCAGGCGAAAGACGAUGAAGUGCGUCAGGCAGUCCAGCUGGCCCUCGAAUGUGGCUACAGGCAUUUUGACACUGCCACACUCUACCAGAAUGAGGAGGCCAUUGGUGAUGUGUUCGGCAAGUGGAUCUCCGAAGGAAAGGUCGCCAGGGAGGACCUCUUCAUCACUACAAAGCUGCCAACAAUUGGUAACCGUGCAGAAAACGUGACCAAAUUUCUGACGACUUCAUUGAAGAAAUUGCAGCUGAGCUACGUUGACCUUUAUCUGAUACACUUUCCAGUUGGAUGUAUAGGGAAAGACGAAAACGACCUGCAACCCAGAGAUUCUGAAGGGAAAGUCGUCCUCGACAUGGACACCGAUCAUGAGAGUCUGUGGAAGGCCAUGGAGGAACAGGUGGAUGCUGGGAGAGCUAAGUCAAUUGGGAUUUCAAACUUCAACAGUGCACAGAUUGAGAGGAUUAUGAAAUUUUGCCGCAUCCAGCCAGCUAACCACCAGGUGGAAAUUCACGCAUUCCAUCAACAGAAGGAGUUGCGAGCUGUUUGCCACAAGCAUAACAUUACUAUGUGUGCUUACGGGCCUCUUGGUGCUCCUUAUAAGGAAGGAGCCAAACAAAAACCAGUCCUGAAACAUCCCGUGGUAACCUCACUGGCUGCUCGUCUCGGCAAGACGCCAGCGCAGAUCCUCCUGCGGCACUUGAUCCAGUUGGACAUUGUCGUCAUACCCAAGUCCUCGAACCCAGAACGUCUCAAGCAGAACUUCGAAGUAUUUGACUUCAAAUUGAGCGACGCCGACAUGAGAGAGCUGGACAACUUAGACCAAGGGAAAGACGGAAAGCUCUUCAUCUUCUCUGACUCCAUGAUCGGUGUUGAAAACCAUCCAGAAUUCCCAUUCAAAAUUCCAUUUUAGAAUUUGAAGUCCCAACUGGUCAUUCCAGAUUCAUCUGAAGAUUUUUUUUUUUCUUCUUCUUCUUCUUCUUCUUCUUCUUCUUCUUCUUCUUCUUCUUCUUCUUCUUCUUCUUCUUCUUCUUCUUCUUCUGCUUCUUCUUCUUUUUCUUGCCCCAAAACGAUGAUGUUGUUGACGUUUUUUGGUGUAUACUUCAGAACGGAAUUUUGUUGUUAAGGAAUGUGAAAAUUUUCUCCAUACAAAAUAUUAUGUGGUUAAUUUUCCUAUUAAAUUAUAUUUAUGAUUCUUCUUAUAGCUUUAUCCUGUGCAGAUUGAACAAAAAGUGUCAUUUAUGAAUUUGUGGUGAGUUUUUUUUUUUUUUUUUUUUUUUUGUAAUAGAUUACCCUGCGUUAUCUGUGUUUGUCCCUCUUGAUGUUUUUUCUGCCUAAAGAACAUAGUUUAUAAAUGAUCUAUACAUCAUACAAAAGAAAAAGAUAAAAUAAAAAUAAAAGAAGAGAUCAAAGGAAAUAAAGUCUUGCAAGAAGU